AUGUCAAGAGGGAGAUCUGAAAAAACUUUCAAAUUAUGCGUCAAUAGACCAACACAACCUCUCACAAGUUGGACUGGCCUGUUGAGAUAUGAUGUGAUUUUGAAGGUCAAAAAAGGAAAUCUUCGAGAUGACAAAUGUCCCAUCUGUUUGGAAGCAUUGGCUGGAACUAAAGAUGUUGUCGUGUACCUCAAGCAAUGUCUUCAUCAAUACCAUCUUAUUUGCCUAAAAAGGUUGUACGAAAAAAGCGAUAAGAAAUUGAAAUGUCCGGUAUGCAGGCAUUAUUAUCGACUACCGCGUUUGGAUCCCUCUGAGUUCGGAACUCUCUACGUAUACAUUUCAGAAGAUACAGUGAGAACAGAAUUUGAAUAUCAUAGUAUCGUGUUAAAUAUCAUAGAUAUGCUGCAUACCAAGGAGAGCAUUGAAGUUGUUAAGAGGUUGUUGAAAGCGUGGAAACUCGGAAAAUUAUUUCAUUUCGAGGAGGUGGUGACGCUGAUGAAAUGUGAUUUUCAAUCGAUGAAAACCAAAUUAGACGAAUGGAACAUCUUUCUAAGUGAUUUCGUAGAUGAAUUCGCUGAUGAUAACGAUAUGUACGGUGAUCAGGUCGACGAUACUAAGUAUAAAAGGUUUCAAGAUCCUCCAAAAUAUGUCGAUAAAUUGAAAGAACGCAUAAAUCUUAAAUUGGCGAGUCUCAAAUCUCCUAUACACAUCCUGCCGACUCCAAAGUCUACUGGAAUAAUCCCGAUAACAGCAACAAACAAUUUAAGUGGCGAGAUUGACAGUCACGGCCGACCUACAGUACUUCCCAAUGUUUUGCUAACAAAGAAGCAGUUCGAUGAUCUCAAUACAGUUGAGGCCGUUAAUGGUAAAACCUAG